AUGGAGGAUUCUAGUCUCUCCGAAAGUGAAUCUACCGAACCGAUAUUAGUGUCUUCGGUCCUCGGCGUGAAAGGCCCCCUUCGGUUUACUCGACACAGAUCUACUAUAAAGGCUCACGUUGUAUUGCGACGCGUUGAAGUCGACGACGACUCAAGUGAUGAUGGAGAACCUUCUCGGGUGACCUACUUCGGCCUGUUUGCUCAAAAGCGCAUCGAUGUCAGGCCAGGAAGAGAGAUUUUGCUUACGGUCGAGGAGGGGGAACUCAAGGGACAAGCUCUCAUGUUGUCGGCGGAUACCAUUGAUACCCAUGAUAUUUCCUACGAAGAAGAGACUCAAGUUGCAGAAGAAGAGGAAAUAUCUCCUUCUCCGUUACCCAAAUUUGCUGUUCCCCCCAAGAUGAGGAAGACUUGGAUGAAACGAGAACGAGUACAGGUGAAACUUGAAGAUGAACCCGUUUCGAUUCCUGAUCCUAGCGUUCCAUUCGCCAUUCAGUCCGCUUCAAGUGUCCUGUCCCAAUCUUUUUCAGCUCAACCAAAGGAGUGUCGAUCUGUAUUCACUCAGACCGACUUGUCGAAACGUUCUACAUGUGAAUAUGGUUGUAAGGAAAGAUCAGGAUCGAAAGACCGAAGUCCAGUUACAGCUACACGUGAGGAAAUCAAGAACCAGCCGAGGUACGACCCUCUCACCAGGCAAAGUCGCCCUGUUGUUUGUUCAAAAAGUCAAGCAAGUGUUGCUAAAACGGACACUGACUGGGAGGAUGAGGAUAUGCAGUGUUCCUCUGAUGCUGAAUCUGGAAUACAGGACAUGGAGGUAUCUGAGGCAGAAGAUGAUGCUUCCGAGGUCCUCGACCAUAAGCCGAUGCUCGCUCGCAACCCCGCCCCGUUAAGUGUAAUGGCAGUGACAGAGAAGACUAAGGGCGGAAACAAAGCGGUUCCCAAUCCUUUCGUCUCUGGGGGUUUCGUGACAGAGUUUGUUGGAGACUCUCGAUUAAAAACGGACAGUGAAGAAUCUAGGAUAUGUAUUACACCCGAUACCACGAAACCGAAUCGCACAGACUCUAUAACAUCGUCAUUUCCUUCUGAUAGUACUAGAAUCAAUCCAAACAGCCUUACGAGACGUCGUACAUCCCCUAUACCCCGUAUGAAGGCAAAGGCAUCCAACAUUAAAAUAUCUCUUGACCAAACACACGCUAAAGAACUUCGAGAUGAUGUGUGUUGUUCGGUUGUGGCAACGAAAACUGCAGUCGAAAGAUCUGGGAACGGUCCAUGUGUUCCUGCGGGAACAUAUCAUAACUCCCUUGGCAUCAGGCCAUCAAGUCCUGGGACUUUCAUGCCCCCCGCCGUAGCGGCAAAGGUCAACGCGUCCAAAUCCAAAAAACUCGUGGUUAUUGGAGGUGGGUGGGGACCGAACAAGCGCUCGAAUGCCAUUCCUACGAAAACAAACGCUUUGGCAGUUAAUCAUACCUCCUCAAUGAUCAUGAACGUUUUGAAUCCUUCACGAUCCUCACCGCUUCCGCCACCGCCAAAAGAGCUGCCUCCCCCUCCAUCUGCCUCACCCCCACCCCCACCCCCGCCACCGACUUCACCUCCUCGACGACCACAAGGCAAACCCUCUCAAGGGAAAGAUACCAUUUCCAAAUGGAAACGUUUGGAUUGCGUGACACUCCCUGACCCUCCUCCAAUACAAGGAAAAUCCGACCUUGUUGACCAUUCUUCCUCGCCGAUUGACGCAAAGCCACCGUGCUGCCCACCUUCCUUGCUCUCACGUAUUUCAGAUCUACCCGCACUUUCGGUUGAUACCAAGGCUGCAGUUAAAUCCUCCGGCAGUACCAAGCCGCCCGAACAACGCUCGUCACGACAAUUUCCAAGUAUUAAACGGGAAUCAUGUUCUCCUAGUCCCCUGACGCCGAAACGGCGCUCCAGUCAACCAUUUGCCGUUGCCAGUGAUUCCCGUGCCACCUCUUCAUCUUCCUCCAGUCUGAAAUGUUGUGAUACACCCAAACAUCCGCCUGUUUCUCAACCAUCGGGCACUGCCAACUCUGUAUCCGGCAACGCUGAUAAACGAUCUCCUGCAACACAUCCAUUACCACCGAAACCAAUAACCUCUUUAAACCGUGGAAUCAAACGAGAACCUAUCAAUGCGUUGGACGCGAUAGGACGAUGCCGGAAAAAACGCAAAUUGUAUCCGUGGCCCACAAUCGAAGCCAACUUCACUGCAUCUCUCGCGGGCGAUGGUCCCUUGUCAAUAAAACAGAUAGAAACCAGUGGUGAUGGAAAGUUGAUCGCUUUGAUUUGUGCCGAUCAAACAAUACGAAUAUGGAAUAGUGACACUAGGGCUGAAAUGGCGCGGUUGGGGCAUAAUGCUCCGGUUAUCAGUCUUGCGUGGAUGGAAGGUGAUGCCGGAAUCAUGAUUUUUGGAGGGGACGGUAUUAUUGGUAAAUGGAUACGAACAGCGCAAAAUCACUGGACAUGGGGCAAGGUCGCGGACGCUCUAGAUCGCAGAGUCGUACGGAAGCCCCUGCUGUCCUCGGAUGAGUGCUGUUGUAUGGCGUACACAAAAGACUUGAUCGCAAUCUCCGUCAAGCAGUCGGUCAAAGUGUGGCAAUGGAAUAGGGGGUUAUGGCAGAUACAGCGGUCAAUCAUGAGGCCUGAUGUGACUGCGUUGACGUUCAUACAUGGCGGAACACUCCUCGGUGGAACGAAUGAAGGUGUUUUGUGGAUUUGUGAAGUGCCGAACGGGACCUUACGCGCGUUAGCUUUCUUGAAGGGGAAAAUUUCCCAUAUCGAUGCCGAUGCAGCGAAAAGUAGCGCAUUAGUAACGUUAAGGACCACAUCUUUACUCGUCAACCUCCAGCAGGAAGGAAGGGGUAGACUAGAUCGAGCCUACUCCAAGGUUGGGCUGGAAAUUGAUGGGUUCGGUGCGAGGUUCGCUGCUCAAGGUCAGGGUGUACUCUUCGGAAGCAACCAAGGUUGUGCCUUCAUAUGGGAUACGAAAAGUGGAAAUCUUAUAUAUGGUCUAGACCAUAGAGUGGAGGACGAUGAUGCCAUCGGGGCUACCGCGUCCUCGGAAGCUUCUGGUAAUCGCCCAGGGUUUUUGAUAACUGGGACCAAGUCUGGACUGUUGAGUUGGUGGCCUCAGCCUGCAUCUUCCACAGUUACAGUGUACAGCUCCGACUCUAAAUCCUGUUCGGAUUCCCGCGUUUGAACAUUGAAUCAUCAUCCAUCUCAUCUUGAUACCUCCAUUGUACUUACUAGGUUAUUCUUGUAUAAUUGGUUUCUUGCGCUCCUUCAGAAUAGUGUAAGUAAAUAAUUAGGCCGUGAAAUACAAAAGGGGGGGAAAUGAUAAAUGAAACAAGCGCCCAUGAGGUUCCCGGUAUAUGUUCCGUUUCCGUAACCGAAUCAUGAACGCGGUAUCAUCGUGGUCACAGCCCAGCUUUCCCUCAG